AUGUCAUACCCUAUUCCUACCAGACCAUGGGAAAUAAUCUCUCAAGACAUACUUACGUAUAAGAAAAAGGAUUACCUUGUAACAGUAGAUCACUACAGUGAUGUGUGGUUUCUGGAUGAAUUACAAGAUCUAACAUCUAAACCAAUCAUUGAAUGCAGCAAAACGCACUUCGCUCUACAAGGAAUACCAUCAACACUGAUCACAGACAAUGGGAGACAGUGGGUUAGCCGAGAAUUUGCUGAAUUCACAAAGACAUGGGAGUUCAACCAUGUGACCAGCUCUCCCUAUCACAGUCAGAGUAAUGGGAAAGCAGAGGCAGCAGUUAAGAUUGCCAAGAAACUGAUCAAGAAAACUUUUAAAGAAGGAUCUGAUCUAUGUAACCUUGCAAUUCUCGACUGGAGAAACACACCAAACGAUGCAGGACACAGCCCAGCAAACGACUGUUGUCUAGAAGAACAAAUACACUUUUGCCAGUAA